UACUAAUCACCUCAAUAAGCCAAACUCAUUGCAGCCAUCAUCUCAAAUAAAUAAAAUUAAUAAAUCAAUAAACUGACUUUAAAAUGAAUUAAUAAAAUAAAUUAGAAAAAACUUAAAAAUCAUGGCACACAAUAACUCCAAUAUACCAACGGAACCUGAUAUAAUUCUCUCCCCCACAGAAAAAAACAACAGAAGUUCGCGGGAGAAACCUAGUACUCUGCAAAACAGUACUAAUUUGCACACAACAAAUAAAAACAUCGUUGAAAAAAAUACAACUAAGGUUCCACAUGAAAAACAGUUUUCAUACUUACAAUUAUUUAAGUAUUCAACGACUUUUGAACGCUUCUUGGUAGCCGGCGGCGUGGUCUCUGCUUCACUCGCUUCAAUAUGCGUAUUAUUUUGUUUAGUAAUAUAUGGAGAAUUGACAUCAUUACUAAUAGAUCGUUCAGUCGGAAUUGGUACUUCCUCCCCUACCAUAUUUCUGCAACUUUUUGGAGGCGGUACUAAAUUAACAAAUGCCACUAGAGAAGAAAAUCUACAGGCUAUUAGAGAUGAUGCUUUAGCAUUUGGAUUAGCUAGCUUGGUUGGAGCUUUAUUACAAUGGUUACUUCUAGCUGUUGCAGUUGAUCUCUUCAAUCACGUAGCUUUAAAACAAAUCACUAAAAUACGUAAACUCUUUUUGGAUUCAAUGCUUCGUCAAGAUAUGUCUUGGUAUGACACAAGCUCGGGAAACAAUUUUGCAAGCAAAUUAACAGAGUAA